UCUUGGAGCAACAAGUCUGCUGUUGAAGGGUCUUGGAGGAUCGACUUCUGUAAGGUCCAGAUCCCUCCUUCUGUGUUUCCUUUUUCCUGGCAGCCAGAACCUCAAGGUGGGUUUUGGGGAAAGAAAUGCUUUUUUCUAUGGAGGGGAGGUCCCCGCUAGAUUCUUCCAAGUUAUUAUAUAGGGUGACCACGUGGUCCCUGUCUAAAAAUUCUCCCUUCAACUGCUCUGAUGACAGGCAAAUUGAAGGUCCCUGUGGGAAGUCACUUAACACCACGGGAAAGUCACUCUGAGAAAAGAGGGUGAUCAUUUUGCUUUUUUUUUUUUUUACUACAACAGACAGGGUCUCUCCUGUUUCCUUAACUUCCUUCUAGUGUGUCACUAAGAUAUUCAGUGGGACAGACUUAGUCUGUUCCAUAUCAAAAGAUAUCAUCAGUCCAAGUCCAAGAACACAGAAGGAGAUAACCAACAAAUAUAGAAACCAACCCUCCAAGACUUCAGGAAGUGAAUUAGAGUGUGACUUGGCCAGAAUUGGCCACCUGUUAUACUCGAAGUCUCAGAAAGGAGGAGAGUUCUCCUGACUCACUCUGGGGAGUCUGAAGCAUCUUCCAGACCUCCCACAGUCACAACAUUGUGUCACAUCUGCCAGCCAUUAAUUGUCCUGUUCAGUAGCCAUCUUGGCUAUCUCCCUUGUUCUGGAGCCAAAGUGAAAGUAAAAGAACAAAUUACUUUCUACAUUACAGACACUCGACUUGAGCUGGAGCCUGGCCCUCUUACCCAGUGGUCUCGAGUGCCCACUCAGGGGUCUCAGAUUGCAGACAUGCUCCCAAAUGUAAAGCACCAGAGGGUCUUUACCUGCUGGGAGACACCAAGUGAGACAAUGAGACUCAGAUUAAUGCAAAAGCAAGAGGUUUCUUUUUCCAGUGUGCCUGGAUCAACCUUCAGCAGUCUCUCAAGCAAGAGAAACAUGUUUCCAACAUGGAAACAGGUUUGUGAAACCUUUAUAGUAACAGGACAAAGGAAGUCAAAUCAAAAUACUCUAAAAAUAUGUUGGGGGGAAACAUUAGGUCAACAGUAGAGGUAGGCAAAAGGUGGAACCUUGUGUUGCUAGGCCUCAGAGGUGAUCUGACAUUGUUUGAAGUUUUUGGUUAGUUGACAAGGUAGGACUAUGUUUGAUCAUCGAAAAUGAUUUACCUAUGGGUUCCAAAUCUAAGGUCAGGCACAUAAGAGGCCAAUAAGUUGCUCUAAAGGUGGCUAACAAUGACCCAAGAUAAUUUAGCUCUGGAUUUAAAACAUUCCAAAAUCUCAGCAGUUUCUAAAGUUCAGAUCAAUUAGUUUGUCUUGCAGGUCAAUGGAAGGCAGACUUUGUUAAGGGAACUUUUAAAGGUCCUUUAGCCUAUACAGCCUGGCCCCUCUGAGGUGAAUCAGCUUUGUCACAUUAACUGUUGAGAGCAGGUCUCUGUCAGGAAUGUCCACUGGGCCUCUGAGGAGAUCAAAGGAUCAAGGGAAUGCUGGCCAUGGUGGGAACUGUGGGGGCAAAGGCCUGGAGACCGCUCUGGUAGGCACUUGUGAGGGCAAGUUUAUAUGCCUACAGAGGCAAGGGUGAAGAGACAAAACAGUCUUCAGAUAGUAUCCUGGCCUCUGAUGCAGAUCCAGGAUUCAGGUUUUUAGUACAUAAUGCUCUGAUCUGAUCCCUGGACAAUGUCACUUGUCACCAUAUAUGCUGAAGCAUCCUGGUCAAUUUGUGGCAUUCUGUAAAUGACUUUGUGCAGGAUAACGGCCUGUAGCAAUGCUUGUGGAAAGAAGAACAAUUUGGUAGAACCACUUACUGCCUCCAUGACAAAAUUCAUGGGCAAGGGCCAACCUACCCUUGUGACCUCCUAAUUCAAUAUAGCAAUAUGUCACAUAGCAAUUUGACAUGUGGGAGUGGGAUGGGUAAGAAUGGAAGCAGGACAGGUCACAGAGAGACCUCAAGGUUUUGGCUCCCAGUGAAAUAGGGAAGGACAAGCAAAGGAGUGACCUGUGUGUUGUGAGGGUCACCUGGGCUGCUGCAGUGAAGCCAAGGUUGAUGUGGAGUGACCAGCAAACCAACUUGUUAUUUCUCUCUUCCCAGCAGAUGAUGUUGAUGAGUAGAUGGUGGUAAGGGAGGCAGAGAGAAGUCAGUUGGUCAGAAUGGGAGUCAGCAGGAUGGAGGUGAACAAACAGCCUCAGGCGACCAUGCUUCAGGGCUAAGCAGCUUGAAGUCACGUGCCAACAAGCUGAGCUCUGCAUGGGGCAAGUGAAGACUAUCCUUGGUGUUAUGAAAUAUAAAAUAUAAAUUGUAGUAUAACAUGGCAGGAGUAAUACCUAGAGGGGUGGUGCCGUUGGUGUUCCCCUGAGGAAUCAUGCCAUGUGACAGGCCUAGUAUAAAGAUUUAUUGUGGAGAUGGGAUCAGGAACCUGGAAAGGGGUUGUGACAGAGAAAGGAAGGAACAGAGGACGGAGAGAGAGGGGGGGGAGAGAGAGAGAGAGAGAGAGAGAGAGAGAGAGAGAGAGAGAGAGAGAGAGAGAGAGAGAGAGAGAGAACAAGUGAGGCUGGCUGGGAACAUGAGGGAACUGAAAAAGAGGUUGGAAGAAGGGGUGCUGGGGCAAUGAGCAGUCUUUUUUAUACAGUGCUGGGCAGCCAUGCACCUGGCUUAUGCACCUGGCUCACACACCUGGCUCACGAACCUGGUGGGGCGAUGAUAAGCUGUUGCUGGGUAGCUGUUGGGCAGAAUUGCCUGUAAGCUAAUAUUUGGGUUUCCAGGUGGACAUGGGACAGGAGCUGGGGAGGGAUGGUGAACUGCAGACUCAAACCAGGGACUACUAGUACGUAAUAAGAAGAGCACACUUUGGAGAGUGUUGGGUCACUCAGGCUGGCUCCUGACUGCCUCCCCAACAGCUUUCCUGAUUACAGGAUCUUGCAAUCUCCAGUUGCUCUGUUUCCUGUCCCUUAGCUGGGUAGGGCUGGAUGGGAUAAGGGCUAAGUUUCUCAGGAGCAGCCAUGCAUGUCUCUUCCUCUCUCUGAGGCACAAAGAUGGUUGACCUCAAUGACCCUUGUAGCCUUCCCCAUUACUGUAGGUCUAGGGAGUGGCAAGCAAAGCCUGGUACUGUAACUUUAAGUGGGAGAACCCAUUACCAUGAGUUCACUACCACUGGGGCAUACAAAAGGAAAUAAGGCUAGGUUGUGGGAAAGUACCACAGUACCUCUAACUGCUGACAAUGUGCAAACUUCUGCCAUGAGAACAGGAACACACAAGCUGUCCCUGCAACAAAUAUGGCCCAGAUGCAGACACUGGUCCUGUUUUCAACAUUACUGAUCCUCUGUGUCUCAGCAGCGAGCCCUGAAGUGUGGGUGCAAGUCCAGAUGGAGGCCACCAACCUCUCAUUCUUCUCAGUUCACUGUGGGGUUUUAGGAUGUAACCACAUCUCCCUGGUAACAGUGAGCUGGAAAGGAUUUGUUGAUGCUAGAGAGACCAAACUAGCUGUUUUACAUCCAGAAUUUGGCACCCAGCAGUGGGCUCCUGCCAGCCAGGCCCACUGGGAAACCCCAAUUAGCAUCUCUGUCACUCUGACCCUGGAACAAUCCAAAGCAAGAAGCUCCCUAGCCAACACUACAUUCUGCUGCGAGUUUGUUACCUUCCCUCAUGGUUCCAGGGUGGCCUGUAGAGACCUCCAUAGCUCAGAUCCAGGUGUGUCUGGGGAGAGGAGGGAGAUAGGGAGGACCUUAACACUGGCUGCCCAUCUGACACUUUUCUCUGUGUCUAGGACUCUCUGCCCUGACUCCAGCCCCCAGUCUUCAGGCAGAUCUGGCAGGGAUCUUGGGAACCUCAGGGUUUUUCCUGUUUGGUUUCAUCUUUAUACUAUGUCUCCGGUGGUGGCAGAGGCAUCGGUGUUCCAGAAAAUCUCAGUUGUCCCUCAGCAGAACCCAGGCACAGAUGGAGACUCCAGUAGGCUUGAAGGAUGGUGUCUGUAGCAGGAUACCAGGGACUUGGGGUCUCAUCUGACUCUCCAUCCCCCACAGCCCACCAAAACCAUCCCUGGCCACUGGCCACUCUCCACCACCCCAAUCCCUUCCCCUAAAACCCCACCAUCCUGUUCAGCAGCUCUGUAUGAGGCUGUAGUCCAUUCUGAUCAACACCUGCCCCAGUGCAUAUCACUCCCCACUAGUGACUCAGUCAGCCCCCAUGCCCGUUUCCUCAGCUUCCCCAUUUGGCCUCUAUACAGGGCAGCUUCAUCUUCGUUGAUAAUGGACUGUAUACUCUGGCAUGAGUGAAACUUCCCCACAUUCUUCCCAACUUCCACCAACUGUCUGGAGCACAGUACCCUUUGGGACAUGUACCUACUGGUGUCUUCAUGCUGGCCACCAGGCCUCUCCAUGGACCUUGCUCUACUCUUAGGCCUCUGAUAAGUGCCAGGAUGUGGUUAGCAUGUGGGCAUGUACGGACACAGGUGUGAGUGGAAGAGUAUGACAAAGGCCCGGUUACAUCCUGUUUUGCACACAUUUCCAACCAUUCAGAUGGUGUCUUUAAUCAUGCCAUUAAAGUGGUCUUUUUGUUUUGGACGUUA